CCCAUCGAGAAUAGCUCUUCCCUGCGCCCGGGAAGACGACCUCACAGCUGCCCGGGGCCAGUGGCCCUGGCUGUAAGGGAGCCACAGAACCUCAGCUAUUUAUAGCCCCCGCACCACUCCCUCCCCAGGCAGCUGCUGACUUUGGCCUGAGAUUAGAGGAAGAGAAGAAAGACAGAUCCCCACACAAAGGACAUUACAAUGUUCAGCUCGGAUGACCUGCCCGACUACCCUGUCAAUUCAGACUUGGUGAGGAGACUGAAGGCCGCCCUGGACGCCAACGAUGAGGGUUCACUGAGGGAGCUGAUCGGCAGGGAGGUGGAGCCAGUGGACGCGGUCAUCGAGCUGGCCAACGACGACUGGAUGAAGGACCCCUCCGCGCAGCUGCCGUCUGGCGUGCUGCUAGGAGACCUGGACCAUAUUCAGCCUCUCAUGGACCAGUUUUUCCAGGAUGCCAACAUAGUAUUUGAGAUCAGCAAGGAUGAGAUGGAGUGGCAGGUGAAAUCCCCAGCUACGUUUGGGCUGUCAGGCCUCUGGACCCUGGAGUACAAGAGGGAGCUCACCACGCCCCUGUGCAUCGCAGCAGCCCAUGGCCACACGGCCUGCGUGCGACACCUGCUCUCCCGCGGCGCUCACCCCGACGCCAGCCCUGGAGGCCGCGGGCCCCUGCAUGAGGCCUGCCUCGGGGACCACACGGCCUGCGCCCGGCUGCUACUACAGCACGGGGCCGACCCGGACCUUCCCAGCGCCGAGGGCUUGGCGCCCCUGCACCUGUGCCGCACGACCGCCUCGCUCGGGUGCGCGCAGGCGCUGCUGGAGCAUGGUGCCUCGGUGCAGCUCCCGGGCGGCGCGGGCCGGGACACGCCGCUGCACGUGGCAGCGCAGCACGGCCUGGACGAGCACGCACACCUCUACCUAGGCCACGGGGCGCGCGUGGACGCGAGGAACCGCCGCGGCGAGACAGCCCUGAGUUUGGCCUGCGGGGCGGCGCGGAAGCCCGACGAGCACGCGCGCUGCCUGCGCCUGUGCGCGCUGCUACUGCAGCGCGGCGCGGCGGCAGACGCGCGCGACGAGGACGAACGCAGCCCGCUGCACAAGGCCUGCGGCCACGCGCGCCACAGCCUGGCGCGCCUCCUGCUGCGGUACGGCGCGGACGCGGGCGCGCUGGACUACGGCGGAGCCUCGCCGCUGGCCCGCGUGCUGCAGACCGCCGCCUGCGCGCCCCAGGCCGCGCCGCAGCUCACGGUGCAGACGCUGCUCAACCACGGCUCCCCCACCGUGUGGCCCGACGCCUUUCCCAAGGUGCUGAGGACCUGCGCGCCAGCCCCGGGCGUGAUCGAGGUUCUUUUCAACUCCUACGCUCAGCUGCACGUGUCCGAGUCCUGGAAGGAGAUGAUUCCUGAGGAAGUGUAUCAGAUGCACGAGCCUUUCUACCAGUCUUUCUUUGCCUUGGCCCACACCCCGCGCUGCCUGCAGCAUCUUUGCCGCUGUGCCAUUCGCAGAUGGUCUGGAAAAAACUGCUUUCACCUCAUACCCCUGCUGCCCUUGCCCAAGUCCCUGCAAGAUUACCUACUUUUGGAGCCAGAGGGUGUUUUGCACUGAAAGAGCUUGGCAACCAAGGCUGCUGGUCCUCAUCUUGGCCCUUCAGGGAGGCCCUGUGGGGAAGAGCGCCUGCUGAGGAGGGGCACAUCUGCAUGGGCCUCCCGUGCCCCUCACUCCCAUGUGACCAGCCGAAGCACAAAGCUGCCAAGCCUCGGGUUUGCCUCAACAUGGAAUUGAUAAUGAACAUCCUUCCUGCAUCUCAGGAUUGCUUGUGAGGCUCACAGGACAGCGUGACUAUUGCUGCACUUGCUGUUGCAAAGUACCUUUCAACAAAAGCUGAACUAAAAGGCAUAUGUCUUUUUCUAAGAUCUGUCCCUGACCCCUAAUGAACUGGCAGCAUGCCUACUGCCCCAUAGCCUGUGGACCCUCAGCCUCAUAGGGAAGGCCUCCUACCCCCUCCUGGAGCCUGGCCACUGGGAGUGGGUCUGUGCCCAGAACAUGCCAGGCCCACCUGCUGAGAGCACUCUUGCUUCCAUGACAGGGCACCUCCCUGGAGCCUGUCACUGCUAGCAAGCACACAGCAAUCCGGCACUUUCCCAGGAGGACCUUAAAGGGGUGUCGAGUCAGACUUUGGGUCCCAUAGGAGUCCUUUGUCUGACACCCUCAUUCCACCCCAACAGACCCCUGUGGAAAGUAGCCUGGAAUGCACAGGUCCACAGGUGUUGCCCCAGCUCAGCCGAGCCCACACAGCAAGAGAGAGGGGCUCAUUAUCUAGGAACGUGUUGACCUUGUCUUCUGUCUGCUCUUUUCCUAUGCUGUGACAUCUGGGGCCUUGCUGACAUGAGGGACAGCCCUUCCCAGUAGCUAGUCCCUAGAGACAGCUGGCCACAGAGCAUCUUUUCACAUGCAUGCCAACCAGGCCAGAGCACACAGCCACCUUCUUUAUCUGACUCUCACUAAGGGCCACUGUCCAUCUGUCCUGAUCACUCCAGGACCACGAACUAGACAAUGAGGGACAGCUCCUAUGCCCGAGAGCCACUGAAGCCUUCACACUAACCAGACCUAAGCCUGUUCCUCCCCCAGCUCCUGGCCAAUGCUCAUGCUUCCCUUCAUGGCCCUGUGGCACGGUGAGCCUUCUUCUCUCGGGAACUAUGAGAGAUAAGCAGCUCAGUGAUAGAUACUCAUCUCUCGAUGUAUUGCCUUACUUGACCUCAAGUUUUCUACCAAUACACUUGUGUGUGUGUGUGUGUGUGUGUGCGCGCUUGCGCUGAGGAUGGAACCCAGGGCUUCCCUCAUGCUGGGCAGGCACUCUGCCACUGAGCUACAGCCCUAGCCCAACACACUAUAUUUCAAAGCAAGAACUCUUUAUGGUCAUGGUAUGAGGAUAAGCAGUGGCCCCUUUGCUUUCCAAUUAAAGCCAGAGCAAGACCCCUGAGGCCAGGGCACACACUCCUACUGUCACUGUCUGGAAGCAAGUUCAGGCCCCAGGACGCAGCUAUAGCUUAAGAUGGGAUGCUGUGUGCACCACGGGUGAGUAAAGCCCCCCUGGCAAGAAGGGUCCAUCCAUGAGGAGGGCCACCGUGAAGGAGAAGACAGGCUGAGCCUGGGUAGAGGGUCACAUUUUAACACACUGGACUUUCCAAGGGAGUGAUGAGACAGCUUGUCAUCUUCCAACUCCUCCAGAUGACCCAUCCCCAUCUCCAUCCCACCCUUUGAUAAUGGACAAUUGACCUGUCCUUCAAAGGGGAUAUGUAAACACUGUUUCAAGACCCCCAGAGGCCCCCAACCCAAGUAGAUAACUCUCCCAGGCCCCUCCAGGUGUCAUCGCUGGACCCAAAGGAGAACUUGAAUGAUGUCAUUGGUGCAGGAAAGUGCAGGGCAUGAUGGAUGGGCAGCCAGAAAAAAGGGUCCCCAUCCUUUGUCAGAUGGAAGGAAGCAGGGCUAGAGAUGUGGGUUACAAAUCAGGAGGCCCUGGGCCUCCAUAGCAAGGUUUCUGAACCUCACUGUACAGGUAUAAGGAACCAGAGGGCAGGUGAACAGUUACAGUCAAAAGGUGAUGCUAGAAAGAUUGCUUUGUCCUGGAAGGCGAUACAGUACACUGGACAUUGCAUAGCUCAUGGUAACAGCCUACAGAUGGAUUCAGAACUGGGUUUCUCCACUGAGCAGCAGAGACAGAUACUGAAGUGAAACCAGCUGCAAUUUGCUCACCUGGAUGGCAGCUCUCACUAGUUUAGGGACCCAUGAGAUGAAAUGGUAUAAGGCAGGUCUUCUGCAGCCCCAAGUGAUCUUGCUGAAAUGUAUCCAGCCACAGGUGUUUUUUAACCCCCCCCCAAAAAAAACCUGACUAAUACAAUGAGCAUGCAAAUAUUUUUUCAAGAUCCUGCAUUCAGCUCCUUUGAAUAUUCACCCAGAAGUGAGACUGUCGAAUCAGAUGGUAGUUCCAGUUUUAGUUUUUGAGGAAACUCCAUGCUGCUUUCCAUGGCUGCUACCCCAUUUCACAGUCCCAUCAACAAUGCCCCAGGGUUCUGAUUUCUCUGCAUCCUCACCAGCUCUUGUUAUUUUCUGGUUUGUUGUUUUGGUUUUCCUUUGACCUUUGUUCAUUUAUCUGACUAACCCAGACUAACCCUUCCUAGCAGUUGGCUGGGAAUGGAGCCCAAGGCCAGGGGCUGGGAACAUGGUGACAUGGUGGCUGCCUGCCUUCUCCUGGAGCUCUUGACCAGGUAGGUGAUCAGGACAACAUGUCCUAGGGCUGCUAUGAAAUAUGGGGUCUGUCCUCUCCAGCCAGCACCCUUGGUCAUCAUGGACCCAUAUGUGACAGUAACAGCCAUAAGCUGGCUCUCCUGGGAUGAGGGGCGUCCUCUAUCCCACCCCCAACUCUUCAGGAGCAUGACAUCACCGCUGCAAGAGAAUGGCCAGGGAGGAAGCAGGCUCUGAACAGCAGUCCUCCUGGGUCCUGGUGGCUGUCCAGAUGCGCUACAUGCUGUCUCUGAAUUAUGACCAUGACUCUAUGGGGCAAAAUGGCUUGUGCACUUGAGGCUAUCUUAGUCAUCAAAUGAGGUACAAUUCAUUCAUAGUUUUGCAGAAUGUAAUUACUGCUAGCAACUUACUUUGUUAGAGCCAAAUAAAUAAAAUAACUGACAAAAAAAAAGUUGUUUCACUGACCAGUCUAGCUAUGCUCCAUGCUAUAUUGCUGGAAAGUUCUAGAAUUACAGGACUUGCAUAAGGAAGAGACUAAGAAGAAAGGGAGGGAAGAAGAGAAGUAGGGAGAAAGGAGGUAGAGAGGGGACAAAUUAGCUGAAAUGAACAUUGAAAAAGAUAUUCUAUUUUAAGACCAGAAUUCUCCCAUUUUAUUUCCUUUCCAGUAAACAAAAUUUACCCUGGCAUUUAUUUUUUAUUUUAAAAAAUCUAAACUUUUUUCCUUUCUUAGAUAGUCCACACUGAACAUCAUUUUUCUUGUUGCAUAUAUAACAUAAAUUGAUUCUGCGAGAUCUAAAUUGUUUUCUUUAAUUUCACAUUUAGAUUUUAAUGGUACAUUCACCUGGUUCAAAAUUGAUAAGGUAAUAAAAGAGUGAAUGGCCCCUUUACCUGCUGCUUCUACUAAAAUGAAAAAAAAAAAAAAAAAACAGCCAAGGCAUGGUUUUCUUCCUACUUUUAUCAAAUAUCUUUGAUUAUUACCUGCCAUCUGAACACAAGGAUCCAAAAUUACCUAAGUGACGUUCUCCACCAACACUGGUCCUAGAGAGGUGGGCUUCUCUGGUGCACCUAUCCCCAGGACAGGAGCAAAUGUUCACAGCUGGACCCCCAGACUCAGUGCACAGUCCUCCGGCAGUUAGUACAUGGGCUGAACACUGUGUGACAUGUUAGGGUUAAAAUUUCAAAUGCAGCAUUGGGUCUAUUUUUUAGUGUAUUUGUGUCAGUUUAACUUUAAGUUACUUGAUAUCCAUCAAUUCAGCAGGUUUGGUAGAAAAUCAAAGCCACUGACUCCCUAGGUAUAAGGAGGAUUUGCUAAUCUCAGUAAGUAUAUAAUCAUCAAAUUUCCAAUCUCUGAAAUAACCAGUUAGACCAACAUGAUGGGGAAGGCUGUUGAACUUUUGCAGAGAACACUUAACCCUCUACAGAAAUGGUUAAAGUGCAGACUUGGAGAAUGAGCUGGUCUGCUCCAGCAACUCAGCCCCCUCCUCGAAACCCUGGGCUCUGAGAAGGCCCUCGGUCACUACAAUUCCAGAUGCUGAUUGCUUCUUACCUCUUCAGGGUAGCUCCCAGGACCAAGUGAUAAACAGAGAAUACUUCAUCUUUUAUUCCAUCCCUUCAAGGAUAAAUUAUUCCUUUAGUCCUAUUUUCUAUAUGCCACUGGGAUAUUCAAAAGCCCUGGCAGUUCAACUCUGAUCAAUGCUGUUUUUUAUUUCUCAGACUUAAGCAUAGUUUGGCAGCAUCAAAAUACUUUUUAGACUCCAGGAUUUAUCUUGAAGUUGUUAACAUCCUUCUAUGUUAAAACAAAAUCAAUUUCAUUAAAUUGCUAAAAUAACCCAGAGCCCUUGGGAAGAUUUUAGAGGUGUGGAAAUUCCUUGUUAUAGAGUCCUGCAGGUGGCGCCAUCAGCAAACGGUCUGACCCUCACCCUCCAACCUGCUCAGCCCAGAAAGAAGGGAGGAAGAGAAGAAAACAAGGAAGGACUUUAGCUCCCAUGAUAAAGGGAGAAGAGCUCGGGAAGGCCAUGGAGUCAUAAAGUACCAUAGAGAACUGUGCUGCUAUGAUAAAAAAUUCAGUAAUUAAAAUAUUGAUUAUGGAAUUGCUUGCUUCCUUCAUAUUAAAUAUGUGCAUUUUAUAGGCAAUGUGUUUAUAAAUAAAUAUAAUUUUCAGUUGACUCUUUUAUGGUGUCAUAAUGACAGCCCGGUCCUCGUCUCUGUGUUAAACGUGUUCUUUAACAAAAUUAUACAUUUACUGUUGCAAUGUGACUAGCUGGGUUUGCAGCCUUCGUCUGAUCUUCAGGAGCAGCAUUUCUGCAAUCCUAACACUCUGCUUAAUCACUCCAAUAAAAAGAGUAGAUUUCUUUGUAAUGCAAUUUGUAAGCAAUAAACAUGAUUGA